AUUUUGACAGAAACCGUUUCUUGAGUUUUGUGUAAUUUGUUCUUUUUUUGAGUUAAAAAAUUAGUUUAAUUAUUAUUAUCUUCGAGAAUUUUGUGACAGAGAUAUUGCUUUGCAUCAAAACAUUGAAAUUAACAUUUUCUGUUCUACUUUUAGUGUGAUAAUCGUAAUAAUUUAUCGCUGUAAUUUUGUGACAUAACCUCAAAGUGUUUAUUUAUAUUUUUUUGGCAGAAAAGUAAAAUGAUUUUUUUUAUUUAAAAAUGUAAAGAAAAUGUGGUAAUUUUGAUUCGAAAUGUGUUAUCUAGUGGAAAAAUAUCCACUGCCUUGAUUUAUGUGAUUUUUGAACAAUAGCAAUAAGUUUGAAGAAAGAACUUUAAAAAUGGAAAAAAAUUCGUCAACAACACCGAAAAAUAAAUUCAAAAUCAAAAGGAUUGGUUCAACUCCUGACAGUGACAAGAAGGUGAAUUUCAAUUCCUUGACAAGUGCUCGUUUUACAACUCGUCACAAAUCUACGACAAGUUUACACGAUCUUUCUCUCAAUGUUACUACAGCUUCUGCAAUUAAGAAAAAAAUUGGAAGUACACGUCAAUCUCUAGCAGCAACAAGUCUAGUGAACUCGUUUGGUUUGAAAAAAGCCGAGACUGAUAAUACAGAUACAGAAACUGGAUUACUUUAUGAUGAAUAUUUGAGAACAUUAAUGGCUGAUGUUCUACUAAAGAAGAAAGGAAUCGAAAAUGAGAAGAAGAUUUUAAAUCAGUUAGCAUCGUUAAGUAAAGAGCAAGACUUGGGCAAUGAAAAAUUAAUGAAAAUGAAAUCGAGAGAGAAAGACAUUCAUUAUUUGUCUGCUUUACAAAAUUAUCUCGACACACUUGUUACACAAAUAAGAUCAGAAUUUGAUGUUUUACAAGAUUCUCCCAUUAUGGAUGAUCUGGAAAAUUUACGAAUUCAACUGAGUCCAUUUGAUUUUCUACGAUGUCAAGGAAUUGAUCUGCCCACGACAAAUGCUGAGCAGCAUAAAUUUGAAGAUACUCUUAAUCAGUGUUAUAAAACAAUGAAAGAAGUGAGUGAUUUAGUGAAGGGAAAAGGUGAAAAUCUUGAAAAAGUCAAAACCGAAUUAGAGGAGUCGAUUGAAGUGCAGAGGAAAAUUGAGAGUCUUCAAAAGAAUUUACAUUUAUCGAUUAAUAAUCUACAAAUUUCCGUGAUGAAAUCAUCAUCGUUGUCGUUUGCUGAGAGUAUACCUUAAAAAGUUUUCAGUUAAACUAAUGCAAAUCUAAAGUUAUAUAUUUAUUAAAAGUCGCCUUCCGGUAAGAAAUUAAAAUAAUUCUAUUUUGUGAUAAUUAUAAUAAUUAAAUAUAAAUGACGCUUGUUUGUAGAUAUACAUUUUUGAAACUUUGUAUAUUUCAUUGCCAAGAAUUAAUACAAUUUUAAUAAUUUA